AAAAAGAAAUAAUAAAAAAAGAACAAUCUGUGCAGUGAAAAUAAAAAUAUUAUGAAUGAAAAUACCAAGGAAUAAGUGCCUGCAUCUCAAGUGGUUUUAUUAAAAGAGCACAGAAAUUAUAUCCAAGUUCAAAGUCGAACGGAAUAUAAUGUGUCAUUAGUGAUCGUUGUGCAUUUAGUUCGUCCAACAUGCAAAUCGGAAAUUUUAUCAAAUGGCCACUGGGCCUGAUCCUCAUCCUGCUGGUCACCCACUGUCAGGCCAAAAGGCAGCGGAAACGCUUGCGCGGAUUCUCCACUGCCAAGGAUCUCCAGGACUAUAGUCUGCCGCUCAACGACAACUCCACGGAACUCCAGCAGAACAUCGUGUCCUGGACAGGAGCUCGGAUUGCGUCGAGUCCCGAUAAGAAGAAGAAGUCACCGCAAUCAUCGAGACGUCACAAAACCAAAAGUGGCCUGAUCAUUGAAAGUAACAUUGCCGACUCGGAAUCGAUGCUGGCUAAUGCCUCCUCGGAAUCCGUCACCAAGAAGAAGCCGCCGCAGCGUCGUCGCAACGGAAAAUUACAGAAAUCCGGAGGAGGAGGAGGAGCAGGAGGUGGAGCCCUUCGAUUGCUGAAAACGGACGACUUGUACUCAUCCAGUUUCUCCGGCGGCCUCUAUCCGCCGCUCUUCAACGUGGUUCCACGGGCUCAGAUCUCGGUGAAUGCCACUUGUGGCCAGAACGGUGCAGAGGAGUACUGCAAACAGGUCGGCGCCAAGCCGUGCGGCAUCUGCAAUGCCCAUUCCUCGGAUCGGGCCAAACAGCGCUCCAUACAGUCGCUUAUCUCGUCGGGAUCGGGAUCGGGAUUCGAAGAAGGCUGGUGGCAAUCACCAACGCUGCAGGGUGGCCGGCAGUUUGAGUAUGUGACCAUACUAUUGGAUCUGAAGCAGACUUAUCAAAUCUUCUCCGUGUGGCUAAAAUCGGCCAACUCUCCGCGUCCAGCCUCAUGGAUACUGGAAAAGUCCCUGGAUGGGAUUAACUUUGAGCCAUGGCAGUACUUCGGAUUGAGCGAUGCGGAUUGCCAGCGACGAUGGAAUUUAUCCGGGCAAAAUGGCAAAUACGUCUUCCAGAACGAUACAGAAAUCAUUUGCUCCACUCAGUUUUCGAAGCCGGGUCCUUUGGAGAACGGCGUGUUGCAUGCUUCGCUGCUGAAGAAUCGCCCCGGAGCCACGGAUCAAAGUCCGGAGCUAAUGAAGUUCAUAACGACUCGGUAUAUAAGGAUUCGGCUGCAGGGCAUGCACUCCACGGCCAAUCAGGACAACAGUCUGGACUGGCUGCUGGACUCUCCGUCGCUGGAGAAGCACAGCUUCUACUCGCUGUCCCAGUUGAAGGUGAGUGCCCGACUGGAUUGUAAUGGGCACGCCAAUCGCUCUCACGAGUCACCGGAUGACCCUCUGAUGCAGUGCAUCUGCCAGCACAAUACCUGUGGUGUUCAGUGCGAACAGUGCUGUCCGCUUUUCCAGGAUCGCCCCUAUCAAAUGGGCGGAGAGUGCGAGAUAUGCCAGUGCUAUGGUCACGCCGAGAGCUGCACCUAUGAUCCCUACCUGGACAAGGGCAUUUGCCAGAGCUGCUCGAAUAACACGGCUGGCACUGAGUGCGAGUUUUGCGAGAUGGGAUUUUAUAGGGAGCUGGAUGCACCUCUUACCGAUCCCUGUUUGCCCUGCUCCUGUAAUCCUGCUCGUUCCACGGGUGGUUGCCAGUCGGAUGGAGGAAGCUGUAACUGUUUGGAGGGCUUCCAGGGCAAAAACUGCGAGGAAUGUGCUCCGGGCUACUAUGGAGAUGAGUGCAAACGGUGUGAGUGCGACGAAAGGGGAAGUCUUGGCUCUACGGGUUCCUGCUCGGGUGUGUGCCAGUGCAAGCUCAAUGUGGAGGGCAGCACCUGCUCCGAGUGUGCGCCCGGAUAUUUUGACCUAAGCGCAGAGAAUGCAGAGGGUUGCACCAGCUGUUGGUGUUCAGGUGUCUCGCAAACAUGUCACAGUGCCAAACUGCAGACCCUGGCCUUUGAAACCCUCAACGAUUGGAAAAUAACCGAUAUUCAAAGAGUGAAACCAAUUUCAAUACCAGUUGAUGCCGAAACGAACCGUUUGAUCUUUGCCAACGAACUGGAUGAAGUGGAGGCCAUCUACUGGCAGGCUCCGUUGGGAUACUUGGGGAAUCGCUUGACCAGCUAUGGGUCGAGGCUGCAGCUGGUGUUGUCCUGGGAUGUGAUAAGAGGCGAUAGAUCGGGAAAGCCCACGACGGGGCCCAAUGUCAUCCUAGUCGGCAAGAAUGGACUGAAGAUUGCCUUCGGCGAUGAAUCCUUGGACGGAUUGGGAGUCAACUUAAAUAUAACCCUCACUGAGGUUGGCUGGUAUCAUGUGCCACCUACUGUCGUUGAUAUAAAAACAAGACUUCGGCGAACUGAGGGCGGUGACUAUCACGGAGAAUCCGUUACCCGUUCCCAAUUUCUCUCCGUUCUCGUUUCCCUCGAUGCUGUCCUUAUCAGAGCGGCUUUUCACACGGAUCAGGGGGAAACAUCCCUCGAGAGAGCAGUCAUCUAUUCAGGAGGUGUGGAGUUGGGCGGAAAGUCAUCCAGCCAAGUGGAGCAAUGCCUCUGCCCAGCUGGCUAUACCGGUCUCUCCUGCGAGGGCUGCGCCUUUGGAUUCAAGCGGAUUUACGAGAACACCUCGGACCAUCAGAUUCUGAGCAAGUGCAUCCCGUGUCCCUGCAACGGACACUCAAACUCCUGCGAUCUGCAGAGCGGAAAUUGCGGCGACUGCAUGCACAACACUUUUGGAGAUCGUUGCGAGCGUUGCCAGUUGGGUUACUACGGGAAUCCCCUUCAGGGAACCCCCAACGAUUGCAAGCGAUGCGCCUGUCCCCUGCCCGAGGAUUCCAACAACUUCUCGCCCAGUUGUCAGCUAAAGAGCUACAACUACAUGGAUCUGAAUCCGCAGUUCGAGCUGAUAGAGCAUGCGGAGUACAUAUGCACCCAGUGUCCGGAAGGUUAUACGGGUGAUCACUGUCAGGUGUGCGACGAUGGCUACUUCGGGAAUCCCCGCCAGCUGGGAAGCAGUUGUCAGCGCUGCGAUUGCGCCGGAGGACCCUGCAACGUGACCACCGGGGAGUGCAUCACGUGCCGAGGAAACACCGAGGGUUGGCAUUGCGAGCGCUGCAAGCUAGGCUACUGGGGUGAUCCGGCCGUGGGCUGUGAUCCCUGCCAUUGCCACACGGAAGGAUCGGAGAGCGGACUAUGCGACAGCACCGAUGGUCAAUGCCUGUGUAAGCCACGUUAUGCUGGACAGAAGUGCGAUGAAUGUGACGUGGGCUAUGCCAAUGUUGAGCUACGCUGUCCAUCCUGCAACUGCGAUCCAUUGGGCUCGUUGGACCAGGACAGAUGUGAUCCCCACACUGGACAAUGCCAUUGCAAGGAGGGUGUCAUGGGUGCCAAGUGCCACGAGUGCCAGGAUGGUUACUUCGGCAUGAAUGCUGUGGCCGAUCGAAUGGAUGACCUUGCUGCACUGCGUCAAAACUCCGAUAGCGACGACGACGACUGGGAAUUGGUUCCAGAUACUGAAGAUCCCAACAGCGAAUCCGCGGUGGCCUGCGAGGAAUGCCACUGCAGCAGUGUGGGAUCCCUAUCAUCGGAUUGCGAUAAGCGAACUGGACAAUGUGCCUGCCUAGCCAACGUCACCGGCAGGAGAUGCGACAAGUGUCGACCGGGUCACUGGAACCUCACGGCGGGCGAGGGCUGCCGGGACUGUCGCUGCGAUCCCCAUGGUUCCCGAGGCCACGAGUGCAACCCGUGGACGGGCCAGUGCGACUGCAAGAUCGGGGUUGGAGGUCAGCACUGCAACGAGUGCACGGAGGGAUUCUUUGGCUUCAGCACGGAGGGAUGUCAGCGUUGCUCGGCCUGCAGGUCGGAGGGUCAGGUUUGUGACCCCCACAAUGGACGCUGCAUCUGCCCCAAGUUCACCCGUGGCCUGGGAUGUGGACAGUGUGUGCCGGGCACCUGGGGAUGGCAGGCUCGACUGGGUUGCCGGGAAUGCGAGUGCGAUCACAUUGGCUCCAUUGGUCAGCAGUGCAGCACUGGCGAUGGACAAUGCCAGUGCCGUGAGGGAUAUUCGGGCAGGAAGUGUGACACUUGCGCCAUCGGGUAUUUCGGCUAUCCGGAGUGCCGGCGAUGUGGCUGCGAUGCGGAGGGUUCCUUCACCCAGGCGGAUGGCUCAAUAGCAUGUGACUCGAAUGGUCAAUGCCCGUGCAAAUCCCUUGUGGUGGGUCUCAAAUGCGAUACCUGCAUGCAAAGCACUUUCGGAUUGUCCGCCCUCAAUCCCGAAGGUUGCACCCGAUGCUUCUGCUUCGGGAGAUCCGGUGAGUGCGAGCAGAGCGACUUGUCCUGGGGACACAUCCGUAUGGCGGAGUCCAGAAAUCUCAGCGUUCAGCAAAUAAGACCGCACUCGGUACCCAGCUCGGACUACGAGUACAUAGUGGUGGUUCAGAUGGAGGGCAGCAGUUUCCAUCGCGAAGACGCGGAGAUCCAGCGGAUGAAUGAUCUGAGCUUAGUGCCCAAAUCUACGGGGAAUGUCUCCAUUGGAGCAUAUGGACAGUUUUACCAUCCGCUCUAUUUCCAACUGCCUCCACAGUUUUACGGAGAUCGGACUAGCAGCUAUGGUGGCUUUUUGUACUUCACCCUGAUUACAGAGGGUGCCCACAAGCCCUUGGAGCGAAAUAUUUUGGGUCAGUAUCCAUUGGUUCAGUUACACGCGCACUCCAAGUUGCUACUGGACUUUUACGAGUACGAAGAGUUCGAGUACUCAUUGAACGUGACCCAUCGGGUGCCGCUGCAUGAGUCCUUCUGGAAGUACCACCACACCAGCCAGGCAGUGGAUCGCAAUACUCUGAUGGCUGCCCUCCAAAACAUUCGACACAUCUUCAUUCGAGCUUUUGCUUUUGCCGAUUUCCAGGAAGUAGUCCUUCAAAAUGUACACAUGGAUGCGGCCAUCUAUAUCAAGGGUUCCACCAAUCUUAUAGCCAAGGGAGUCGAACGGUGUAGGUGUCCCAAGCGGUUUGAUGGACUUUCGUGCCAGGAUCCGGGAAGAUCCUUCUACCGUUGGCGGAAUACCACUGUUGUGGAGAGUGUAUUCAUUGAGGAUCUGAUAGGAAGAGCAGCUCCUUGCCAUUGCAAUGGUCGUAGCAGCGAUUGUGACCGCGAAACUGGAGUCUGUCAGAACUGCCGAGGUAACACUGGAGGAGAUCACUGCCAUCAGUGUGCUGAGGGAUUCUACGGUGAUCCCAACUCUCCGCACGGUUGUCAGGCUUGUCCAUGCCCGGAGACCAAUAGGAACUUUGCCCGGGGCUGCAAUGUCUGGGACGGAGAAGUCAGUUGUGUCUGCAAGCCUGGUUACACGGGCAGAUUGUGUGAGCGGUGCCAGGCGGGAUACUUUGGAGAUCCUAUGAGAUAUCCUAACACUACUUGCCAGCCAUGCAACUGCCACCCGGAUGGAAUCCAAACCGAAGGAUGCGAUGUAGAGACUGGUAGAUGCUUCUGUCGAGAAGGAGUUACAGGACAUAAGUGCGACAAGUGUCAGGCGGAACGUCAUCAUCUGGUGGACAACGGAUGCAAAAUCUGCGACAACUGCACUCUGCUGCUCCUGGAUUAUGUGGAACUGGUGGGCAACAAGCUUCGUCGUGGAAUGCACAACAUGGAUUUGACGGGAAUUCCGGCGCCAUAUCGAAAAUUGUCAGAGUACGAAAGCGCCUAUGAAAAAUGGAAUGGACGCCACUGGGACUUUAGCCAGACCAAACGGCGUCUGAAGGAUUACGACUCCGCUGACAUCCUGAAGCUGGAGGCCCACGCUGAAAAUUUGAAGUUCCAAUCCCGCAAAGCAGUGGCCACCAUUGGAAAACGGGAGUUUGCCAUAAAAUCAAUGAGGGAGGAUGCUGUAACACAACAGCAUAGUGUCGGCUUACUCCGCUCGGAGAUUCUUCAAACCCUUUCCGAUUUACAUGGCUAUGGAAAGAGUGCCCAUUACCUCAGUCUGCCCACUGCUCUCAAGCAGGCCCGAUUCUACCUGCAAGCCAUCCGGGAGCACGACCAAAUGGUUCAGGGAAUCCGCAGUACCAACGACUGUGCAUGGAAGCAUUUUUAUGCCAUGGGCAACGCAUCGGAUGCGUCCUUCGACGAGAGUGGCCGCUUGGAGAUGCUCUGGCGGGAUUUGAAUCAGACCAAUCAUCGUGUGGUGGACAUGCGGUUGCAGGUAGAUCGCGUCCAAGAGGUGGAGAACGAAGCGGAGGAUGUUCUGGAACAUGUGCGCAAUUUGAGUAUCCAUGUGGGCGAAUCCCAUCAGGAGCUGGAUGAGCUCAACCAGCGUAUUUCCGAUCACCUGGACCCAGGCUACCUAGAACAGGGCGAGGGCUUGCUGAGGCUGACAGUCCAGCGGCAAAUAUUACUCAAUGGGCAUCUUAACCAAUUGGAUGGCUACCGUGUACUACUAAAUACCACAUUGGGCGUAAAGACUGAGCAGCAGCGGGAGGUGCGUAAACACUGGCUUCCCAAGGCGGAGAAGCACGCCAAUCACCUGCUGGCGCGCUCCAAUGAGUACGCCCGCAAGUUUCAACCCACCAGAAAUGGAGCCCGCAUAGCCAUGCUGGCCAGUUCUGCCCACAGCAAUAUCACCAAGGCCAUCAACGAUGCCCGGCUAGCUUCAAUCCUGGCCAAGGAACGGGUUUACGAGGCGCAGAGAACACUCUAUCCCAGUGACGGCAGCUCCAUGAUCGAGCGAGCCAAGCACUCGCUGCACAGGUCAAAACAACUCCAGCAGGAAGCGCUCAAACAGAUGCACAAAUCCAAUGUGUUGAAGGACAAACUGCAUCGCCAGGAGCAGCAGGUGGAGGGCAUCAAGUCCUCGAUUUACGACUCCGGGCUGCGCACCAACAACAUAUCCGGACAGCUGCAGGGCCUUUCAGAUGGUUCAGCCCGUCGUCAAGCGAAGGAUAGUCUAGAAAUGGCGGAUAGAACGGGAGAACAAAUGCGUGCUGAACUGCGAAAGGCGAAGGAUAUGCAGGAGUCCAUCCAGAACAUGCGCAGUUCGUUCUCCAAUCUGGAACCCGACUGGGAAAUCAAGCUGGGAAUGGCACAGGAGAAUAUAUCCCUGACCCAGACCAACUUGCGUUUGGCCAAUGUCUCAUUGAGCUACCUGGAGCAGCAAGCCGAGAAGGAGCAACAGGUGUUCGAGGUCUGGAACAACAGCAUGGCCCAGCAGCUGCAGCAGCUCCGAGAUCAGAUAGCCAAGGCCAGACAUGCAGCAGAAGCGAUCGAUGUUUCCCUGGAAUCGCUGGGUCCUAAAUGCAUUCGAUCUUAUCUGCCCGCCUCGUACGGCUUGAGUACCUCGAACAAGAUUCGCAUGAGCUUCGCCUUAUCCAAUCACCUCGAGAGCUCUCCAUUGAUUCACCUGGCCAGCAGCGAGGGACGUCACAUCACCCUGGAGCUGUACAAACGUCGUGUGCGCCUGGUGUGGAAUCUUGGUGGCACCACCGCAACCGUAACGCAUCCCAUGGUGGUGCAUACUCGUGACCCCAAGUACGACGACGCCUGGUACCAUGUGGAGGCGAAUAGGACACUUAAUCUGGGCAGCCUGGUAGUGCGUCGAAUGAACAACUAUGGUGAGCUGACUCCGCCCAACCCGGUCACCAUAACAGGAUCCACGGAUACGGAGCACACACGUUUCUAUCAGUCUCGAAGCGAUCGAAUUUCGUUGGGAGGCUUUGCUUCAAAGGAUUUGCAAUUCACGCCGGGACUCAAUGUGGUGGUGCAUCAGGUGGAGGUGGACAACAAGCCGCUGGGUCUGUGGAACUUCGUGACCAGCGAGGGCAGCUGCGGUGGAUCAAUGGUUGGAGCUAAGGAGUCUUCGGCCUCGUCCACGGCUCGCCAUUUCAAUGGAUUAGGCUAUGCCCAGUUGAUGAAGACCCGACCACGACCCACUCGCAAAAACCUGUUCUCCGUGCAGAUGACUUUCCGCACGUUGGACGAAAAUGCCUUGCUCUUCUUGGCGGUUGAUGACAAGAACAACCGCUCGGUGUCGGUAACUUUGAGCCGGGGUCGGAUCAUGUUCCGCAUCGACUAUGGCGAUGAGUCCAAGCUGGAGAUCAACACUACCAAGAAGUACAAUGUGGGCCAGUGGAUCAAGAUCGAGGCUGCUCGAGAGUUCUCGGCCAAAAGAAGUACUGAAAAUGGAAUGCUUCGAGUAAACAACGAUCGUCCAAUUUCCGGAGCACCCACACUACCCGUAAACAUUCACUUGCUUCCGGAUCUUUCCAAGACUGUCUAUUAUCUGGGCGGUGUGCCACCAGGUUUCACUUCGGGAACCUCUAAGGCGCCUGGCGCUGACAAUCCCUUCCUGGGAUGUAUGAAGGAUGUCCAGGUGAAUGGCGAGACCUACGAUCCUCUGGAGAGCUCAAGCUACUACGGUGUGGAGCCUUCCUGCAAGGACAUGAUUACCAAGGCUGGUUUCUCGGGCAAUGGUUACUUGGAGCUGCCCUCGCAGUCACUCCGAAAGCGCUCCAAUACCGCUCUGGUGUUCCGCACCCUUCAGCCCGAUUGCCUGCUGCUCCUUGCUGCCUAUCCGCCGGAGAUCCUGGGCGACUACGAUGCUAAGGACAUUAAGGGCAACUUCUCCAUUAGCCUCGUGGAUGGCCAAUUGCAUGUUUGGGUUAACUCUGGUCGCAGCUUCAUCAAGAUGUCCUCGAACUCCAGUCAGAUGAACGAUGGCGAGUUUCACGUGGUACAUUUGAUUAAGACUGGUCGCAAGCUGGAGCUGAUGGUAGACGAUGAGCUGCAAGAGAUUCGCAAUCUAAACGGCAAUCCCACGGUUGUCAGCCUUCCGAGGGAUGCAGGUGGCCUGUAUAUCGGUGGAGCUCCGGCGCACGAGAGUUAUACGCCAUUGGCGCCGACUUUUGUAAAUCUAGAAGGAGCCAUUCGGGAUGUGGUGUUCAACAAUCGGACCAUUAACUUUAACGAUGCCCUGACCUUUUCCAACGUCCAGAUCGGACGUAAUGGUCCACUGAUGGGCAGUCUGAAAGGAGGACUGUACGAUGUCCUGCUGAAAACCGAACCCAUGAUUGGAAAGAGUUUUACGGCCUCGCCUGAGGGCUGCAAGCGGAUCGGCAGCUAUUCCUACGAGCCGAAUGCAUUCAAGUUUGGAGACGAUAUCUAUAGCUAUUCCCAGCUGAAGCUACCGGAGCGUCACUUCUGGCAGCGCAACUUCCACCUGAGCUUCGAUUUCCGCUCCUUCUAUCCCAAUGGAAUGCUCUACUUGUCACCGGGAAGCAAGGAGAAGCCCAAGCACUACGUGGCUCUCGUCCUCAAGGACGGGCAGCUGGUCCUGGUGGUCCGAGGUCGUCGGCGCGAGGAACUCCAGUUGACCGCCAAGUUGAACGAUGGCGAAUGGCACCGGGUGACGAUCAGCUGUCACGAUCGCAAGGUCACCAUGUCGGUGGAAAUAGGACGUACAGAUCAGAAGACUUCCGCCCAGAUGAAGCUGCCCAAGAAGAUUGGCGCCUCUCAGCUGCUGCUGGUGGGUGGGCUGCCCCAGUCUCCGGUCAAGGUCUCCUCCGAUCUCUAUGUUCGUCUGGAGCCAUUCAAGGGUUGUCUGCGCCGGGUGAGCAUCAACAACAACACCCAGGAUCUGGCCCGACCUGGCAAACACUCCAAUGUGGGCCAGUGCUUUCCCACGGUGGAGAGAGGCAGUUACUUCCCCGGCGAUGCAUAUGCCAUUUACAAGAAAAACUUCAAUGUGGGCAAGUACCUCGAUCUGGAAACGGAGUUUAGGACCUCGGAGCUAUCGGGCAUUCUGCUGAGUGUCUCAGAUCCAAAUGGAUUCCCAGCACUUUCACUAGAACUGCAUAAUGGCAAUAUUAUAUUCUCCUGCGAUCCAGGAAACGGAGCGCCCAUGCGUGUGGAGUCAUCACUGCCCACCAAAUAUGCCCUGUGUGACAACAAAUGGCAUAAUAUUUCAGCUCUCUACGAUGGCGAACAGAUUGUCCUGCGCAUCGAUCAAUUGCCAGCAGUGAUCAGUGUGGGAAAUCAGGGGAAUGCUGGAAAGGUGCAAACCCGAUCCCCACUCUAUAUUGGCGGUCUGCCAGAGAGUGCACCCAGUGGGUCACUGAUAUCGCGGGAGAACUUCAAGGGCUGCAUCCGGCACGUGUCCAUUCGGAACGAGAGACGCGACUGGAUCGAGAUGGAGGACCUGAGGAACGUGCUGCUCAGCGAGUGCCUCGUGUCCAGCGAUGAGAGCUGAAGAUCGAUGUCCGAAAUCCGGACAGCUUUCCGGGCGCUUCUGGUUCCUGUUGACGCCACACCAAAACUUUUUCCAAAUGUAUUGUGAUCAAUAACGAGUUUAGAGCCACCUAUUUAUAGCCCUUCACUGCCAUAUAAGUUAGGUUACUCUAGGAUUAGCUUUGAAUGUUUAUAUAUAAUUAACUACGACUUUCAUUGCCAGUGACUGCAUUUUGUACUCUGCAAUCUGAUUCAUAAUUUAUUUUCGUAUUUAUAAAUUACCUUAUUUUUUCCAUUAUUUAUUUUAUGUUUUUAAAGAGGCUUUAAGUUUGUAUUUCAUUUGGCAUACGACUUAUCAAAAAUUGUGUUUAUCGAAUCUCCAGUUUGUACAGUGCGCAACGAAAUUUACUUAAGUAGCUAUAACUUUCAUUAUUUUCAUUUGUAAAUAGAACUGCCAUUUAGUACCUAUGCUUAUGUAAUAUUUCCAGACUAAUAAAAUAAAUAAAAACCUAUUAUUUAAAUGAAA